CCCUCUCUCUUUUGUAUUCUCAGGUCCUGGCCCACCUCCACUUACUAGUCCCUUGGUCCCUUCCCCCAUCUAUCAUAUUCUCAUUCCUUUACCAGACUUCAUGUAGUGACAGUGUCGGUAAAUUCGUCUCGUCUUUGGUUUCUGUUCUACAUAAUUAUUAAAACUAGGAAGGUAAAAAACGGAAGGAUAACGGAAAGAUUAAUUACCAAAAAGUACAAUUGAUUUUUAUUGUUUAAUGUUCGUUAUUUCUUCAUUCACAGUUGACCGUUAUUUAUUUUCAAGUGACAUGUUUGGACAUGAGUAAAGCGGAAUAAGUGAUUUUUGAAUCGAAUGUGGUUAAGACAGCAACAUGAUCUACCGUGAAACGUAUGUUUAGUAAUGCAUAAACAAUGCAGUGUGAAGUAAGAGCAAUGAGCGAGACCAACACCCGUUCAGGGCCUACCAGAACAUCAGAUACACUGCCGAAACCAGGGCGAGUAACAGAAGUUUGCAAGGAGUGGAUCGUCCAUGAAGAUGGUGCCCUUGCCUACAGGCUACAGAAAGAAGAAGUGGAACAGCACCUGACGGGUAACAAGUCCCGUAAUGCAAUCGUCAGGGAAGACUUCCCCCGGGCUCGCGACGAGCAGAAGAGAGAAGAGCAGGAGGCCAUUGCACAGUAUCACCAAAUGGUCAUGGAACAGGAGGAGAGGGAUGCGGCUGUUGCUCGACAACUGGCCCUGAGGAUCCAAAAAGAGGAGGAAGAGAGGCGUCGUCGCGUAGAGCUGCAUGAUAUCAGGGUUGCACGGCAGAUGCAGGAGAAGGAGUUACGGAGACAGAACCAUGUCUCACCCCCACCCCCGCCACUGCCACCCGCCAUGGUCCACCCUGCAUCUCCAACCCAUCUACCACUGGGGGACGUUAACAGCGUAGGUCUGCCUGAUGUUACUGAACUUGCAGCAGCUCAGUUCAGAGGUCUGAGUGUGAGGGAAGAGUGGCCUCCUCCACCUCCCCAGCAGCAGCAAGAGGAGGAUGAUGAGGUGGAUGAUGAGGGAGAAUUCAAUGAGGAGGAACACAGGAGGGCACAGGAGCUCCGGGAUGAGGAGUUGGCUAGACUGCUACAGCAGCAGGAGGAGAGAUUAAGUGGACAGGAGCUAGACCAGUUGGACAGGGACAGGCUGAUGGCCAUAGAGGCCCAGGACAAGGAGUUAGCCAAACUGCUGCAAGAGAGGGAGCGGGCAAAGGCCAGAAGAGCGAGGGAGAGAGCCAAGCAGAAGGCGUUGCUGAGGAAGCAGCAAGAGGCUGCAGCAGCUGAGGAGGAGAUUAGAGGGGAGACCCCCACUACUCCCCCUCCACACCAUCACCCCCCCUCCGAGCAUGAGACCAGCCCCAGACAUAGGCACAGGUAUCCUGAUCCGGAAGCUAUAGAGGUGCUGAGUCCUGGAGAGUCUCCCCUGCCGAACAUCGCUAUGGCUAUCGACCCCACCUACUCUCCCCACUCCACCCUCUCUAGUUCCUACCAAGAGUUUGAAGAGUACGAUGAGGGUCCAGUUCCUCCGUACAUGCCAAUACAGGGUCAGCGUCGCACUUCGAGCCUGGAGAAGAAGAAGAAGAAACAACCCAAGGACGGCUGCAAGCAACAGUAACAUUACCUUCUCUGCCGACAGUCUCUCAGACUCAAGACACAAUGAUGGCCAGGGAAGGAUCAAAAGUUAAACAUGUUUUACGAAAUAACUUAAUUUUGUAAUUCUCACGUGUAAAAUUCAAAGUAUUGAACCUAGUGCAUGAAAGUAGGUUUUAAAACGUCCGUUGGUUCUUUAACAUUGUAAAGGAAACAUAACGUUAAAUAUUAAGUCUAGUCAAAAUUAGUCUUUGAUAGCUUAACCAAAAUCAAGAGAAGUUGUACUAUAAAUCUGUAACAUAUUUAAAAUUUCUGGUUAUUUUUAAAUAUAGUGAAAUAGGACUUUAAAAUUACUCAUUUCGUUGAAUAGUUCAAAAUGUGACAUUAUUUUUAUGUAUGCUGCUUCUGAUGUCUUUCUGUGAUAGUUUUGGUAAACUUUGGUGGCUACUUUUAGGAACGCACAAUAUUUUUUUUAUAGUAGUUUGGAUUUUGACAGACACAAAUAUAUUAUUUUUUACAUUAAUAAUCUUUUUUAUUGAAUAGUGUUAUCUUAUUUCAUAGGUGUGCUUCAGUGAUUUUUCUUUACUUUUGAUAUUUAUAAUAACUUAAUUUUGGUGCAAUAGACAUUCCACUAGAGUAACGCUCAAUUAGAAUUUUAAGCACAGAUAUGUGCCUUAAUAUAUUAAACAAUGUCUCAUACUCCGAAUUUCUCCGCCCAAAACUUUAUGAUCUGUUUAUCACAUUAAAAUAAGUUUUUCUUCUAUCAAAAAAAUAAACUAAUCUAAAUAGUAUAAGUUGCAUACGAUUAGGUUGUAUUCAACUGCUAUGUCUAUCUGCUUAGCGCAUCUUCACUGCACUAAAACAUGAAAAAAAAGUACUAACAAUAUUUUACUUGUGGAAAAAUAUGGUACUAUACAUUUAUUUGUACUAUCGGAUAUAUAUUUAUAAUUUUUACAAUCUUGUAGUAUGAUAAUGGUGUUUAUUAUCAUUUUUGUUUACUUUUUGACGUAUUUAUAUUAUUUCAUGUGCUUUUUAUACAUUAAUCAAAGAUUUGUUAUACACUGCCUGACUAGGAAUUUAAACUAGAUUUAGGAAAAAUAUUGUUGAUAGUUAAAUAUUAUAUAUACCAUGAUAUAAGUAUUUAUCAGAGAAGUUAAAUAAAAAUUGUAUUGACCAGAA